AUGUACGUGCUCCGAGUUCGCCGCGGGGAAGACCGUGAUCCAGCAGGCGAUGGCAAUGUCGAUCACACCUUCAACUGCGACUACGAGAUAUUCAACCAGGAUGGGGAGCUCAUCGCCAUGAGCACGUGCAUCUCCGACUCGGCCUCCGCAGACCAGAUGCGCUUCCUCGACGCGCAGGGCAACAUCAUCACGGUCGCGCAGAGUCCGGCCAUUGAGGGUGGUUACAUCCCCUUCCAGUUGUCCGACUACUACGGGCCAAAGGUUCCUUGGCACGUGCCCGCGGAGGGGGAGAAGGACACGCGUCACGUGCCAGGAUUUCUGCAGCCUUGGGACAUCUGGUUCGUCGACGGUGAGCCCGGGCACCCGAGCAACUCCAGCUUGCUGCUCGCGCAGAACAGGUGGGUAGUGGCCGCCGCUAUCGUGGACCGUGCUCUGCGAGAUGCGUGGGAGGAUCGAUGGAGGGGACCGGAGCUCGCACCUGGCGGGCGGCGUCUACUUCGCUGGCGCGGCGGCCCGCGCGGGGGCCCUCGCGCUGCUCGGCGCGCUGCUGCUCUGGGCCGUGGGCGCGCUGCACGCCCUGACGUUCCCGCCGGUGCACGCCUCGGCCAUGGCGAGGCACGCGAGCGUGGUCGCCAAGGCGAGGAAGGCCCCCGCCGUCGGCGACGGGGCGUACGCGCCUGCCGUCGGCCACGGGGCGUACUCCGAGGAGGGCGAGCUGAGAGAAUCGCGGCUGGCCCUCGGGGAGGCCCCCCCCAUGGCCACGGCUGGACGCAUCUCGGGACGCUGGUGCGUUUGGACCCCGGACCGACUCUUUGA